AUGACUCAUAUCCUUUUGCAGUUUUACAUAAUCGAACGAGGUAACCAGAGGGAGAAGGAUCGCGAAAGAGCUAAUGCUCGUGGUGGCGCCAAAGGGAAGAACAAAGACGAUGGGUUGACUCCUGAACAACGUCGUGAAAGGGAUGGAAAAGCACUUCAAGAGAAGGCUGCCAAGAAAGCAGAAAAGGCUGCAGGGAGUGGUGAUGCUGGAGGCGACCAUCUUCCAUGA